UGAGUACGUGUUCAGAACUUGAGAAUAGAUGGUCAACUGGUCAUAUUCACUGAUGGUCAUGAUUUCUUCCGUUUGUCAUUACUCGUUAGUUCUUCAAGAGUCUAGAGUUUAGACUAGACUAGACGAUUUAAAGCUUCAGACACGGUUUUGAACUCGAAGAGGAUAUCCGCCAACGCACCUGUCCCCUCAACCGCCCAGGAUAAUUCCACGGUUCCUCGUUCCUUCGUCCAGAAGCAGAACCAGAACCGGUUUCACGGUGUUCGUUCCCCGGACCGCGACUUCCACAACCAGAUAUGGGCGACGAACCUUCGAAGGCAACAUACUUAGGUCUGGAUCUCAGCACGCAGCAGUUAAAAGCAGUCGUAGUCAAUAAUGAUCUUGAAGUCCUCCACGAGACGAGCGUACAGUUCGACAAUGAUUUACCAGAAUUCAGAACCUACGGAGGCGUGUUGCAGAGAAAGGAAGAGCCUCACGUAGUGACAGUGCCGACUUUAAUGUGGAUAAAAGCCCUGGACAUGAUCUUGGACAAACUGAGAGUUUGUGGUGUUGACUUCAGUAAAGUUGCAGCAAUAUGUGGUUGUGCGCAGCAACAUGGAACCGUCUACUGGACAAAAGGUGGCAGAAAUAGUCUAAAAAACUUAGAUCCCGAAAAAUUUCUGCACGAACAAUUAGCUAUGGCUUUUUCUGUAACUGCGUCGCCUGUAUGGAUGGAUUCCAGCACAAGUGCAGAGUGCAAAUUGCUUGAAGAGGCUGUUGGCAGUCCUGAAAAAUUGGCCGAAAUAACAGGAUCCCGAGCCUACGAGAGAUUCUCAGGUCCCCAAAUUGCCAAAGUUUCACGCAAAAGACCAGAAGCCUACAGCAGCACUGAGAGAAUUUCCUUGAUUAGCAGUUUUCUCGCUUCCUUAUUUUUGGGGGACUAUGCUCCCAUCGACUGGUCCGAUGGAUCUGGGAUGAAUCUCUUGGAUAUUCGAUCUAAAGACUGGUGCGACGAAUUAUUAGAAGUAUGCGGGCCAUCUCUAAAAGAAAAAUUAGGAAAACCUGUUUCGUCGACGAGUGAUAUCGGUCCAGUAUCAACCUAUUUUGUAGAAAGAUUUGGAUUCGAUGAAAAAUGUAGAGUGAUUGCAUUCACAGGGGACAAUCCAUCUUCUUUGGCUGGAAUGAGACUGAAAGAAGGCGACGUCGCCUGUAGUUUAGGUACAAGUGACACUCUCUUCCUCUGGUUAAAUGAACCAAAAACGGUAACCGAAGGACACAUUCUCUGUAAUCCUUUAGACGACAAGGCAUACAUGACUUUGCUUUGUUUUAAAAAUGGAUCCUUGACGCGAAAGAGAAUAUGCGAGAGUGCAGCUCAAGAUUCAUGGCCCAUUUUCAACGAACUCUUAGAAAGCACACCCCGAGGAAACUUUGGAAAUUUAGGAUUGUAUUUUGAUGCCAAGGAAAUUCUGCCAGUUCUUAUCGGGGAUUACAAGUUCAAUAAAGCGAACGAAAAGAUCAGUCGUUAUAAUUCCAAAGAAGUUGAAGUAAGAGCCCUUAUUGAAGGGCAGUUCAUAGCGAGAAGGGCACAUGCUGAAGAUUUCGGAUUUUCAAUCGGUCCAAAGACUCGAAUAAUUGCUACGGGUGGUUCUUCAGUCAACAAAGCGAUGUUGCAAGUUCUAGCCGACGUUUUUAAUUCCCCCGUUUAUAUCUCAGAAUUAACCAACUCAGCAAUGAUGGGGGCAGCCUACCGCGCAAAAUUUGCUUUGUUGAAAAACGAGUCUACUUACGAGGACAUAUUGAAAAGCCUACCAGAACCAACGAUAGUGUGUGAACCUUACGAUGACGCCGAUACUAUAUACAAACCAAUGGUCAUUCGAUAUAGAAACAUCAUCGAGCAAUUAAUGGAAAACCCAUUAAAAAAAUUUUAAAUAUAGAACUUUGUGACUUAUACAUUCCAAUAGUCAAGAACGUAAACCGAUGCCUUAUAGUAUAUUCUCGUCUUUAUUCAAGAAGUAUGCCUAAUAAAAACGUGAUCAUGAGCAACGAAUAUUUAUUUUAAAAAAGGCUUCUUAGGAACUAAACAGUGGAUUCUUGUCAAAUAAUCUUUGUUUAUUCGAAUGACGUUACAACGAUGCUGAAAUGUGAAGUUUUGCACAUGAAAUCUGUUUGCUAUUUUCCUAACGAGUAAGCUAGACUUAUUUACAUUUUAAGAAGCAGAUACCAGUGCCCGCUCUAAAUCUUUUAUCGGCACACGCACAAAUUGUUUGACGUAUAUAUCAAAUAACCGACGCUAUUCCAUGCAAAUUGUGACAAAAAAGUGCAAUCUCAAGUGAAACAUUCAUUCCUAUUGUAGAUUUUAUAAAAAUGUUAUAUACUUUUACCUAAUUUAUUUCGUAAAAAUAAAAAA